ACACAGAAGGAGCUCUGCAUGGAUACGCAGCUAUAAUACCUGUUUCUGACUGAUCUCUCAACAGCAAGGUGCAGAGGUAUAUAACUGUGGAGACAAUGUUGGUGCUAAAGUGCUCCACCAAAUUAUUCAUACUGGAGAACAUGUUGAAGAGUCACUUUCCUGAAUCACUCAAGGUUUAUGGAGCAGUGAUGAACAUAAAUCGUGGAAAUCCCUUUCAAAAGGAAGUGGUAUUGGAUUCAUGGCCAAACUUCAAAGUUAUCAUCACCCGGCGAGAGAGAGAGGCUGAGACAGAUAACCUUGACCAUUACACUAAUGCAUAUGCUGUAUUCUACAAAGAUAUCAGAGCUUACCAACAGCUAUUGGAAGAACAUGAUGUUAUUAAUUGGGACCAAGUUUUUCAAAUACAAGGGUUGCAAAGUGAAUUAUAUGCUGCUUCCAAAGCCGUUGCCAAAGCAAGGCUGUUAGAUUUGGAUAUAAAUUUGGCUUCCUUCAAGGCUGUCCAUUUUUCUCCUGUUUCAUCUGUGCCAGACCACAGUUUCCUAACCGGGCCAACCCCGAGACUGACCUACCUGAGUGUCUCAGAUGCAGAUCUUCUCAACCGGACUUGGUCACGAGGUGGCAACCAGCAGUGCCUGCGGUACUUGGCCAAUCUCAUCGCCUGCUUUCCCAGCGUGUGUGUGCGUGAUGAGAAGGGAAACCCAGUAUCCUGGGGUAUCACAGAUCAGUUUGCCACUAUGUGUCACGGCUACACCCUGCCUGACCAUCGCAGGAAAGGUUACAGCCGACUGGUGGCCCUCACGCUGGCCAGGAAGUUGCAAAGCCGGGGAUUCCCUUCCCAGGGAAAUGUCCUGGAUGACAACCUGGCUUCCAUAAACCUGCUGAAGAGUGUCCAAGCUGAGUUCUUGCCUUGUCGUUUCCACAGGCUUAUUCUGACCCCUGCAGCUUUCUCAAGACAAGCUCACCUUUAGCUCGAAGAGAUUCCAAGAAUGAUCUUACUUUCCCUUAAUAGAAAUCCCUUUUAGCUACCAGUGAGGUGGGAAUUAAACCAAGAGAAGCCUGUGGGAUUGAAAAGGGCCUGGAAAAGACAUGCAAGAUAACCACCCCCUCCACGCCCCCCCCCCGCCCCCGCCAACUGUUUGCAUAUCAGAUUUCCAUCACCAAGAACUUCAGGGGCUGGGAUUGGGGGCUAUGUAGCUUUGUCUCAGAAUAGAGGGUGUAGAUUCUGCUAGGAGUCACUGCAGGGAAGUAUUCUUUAAACCCAGCCCUUGUUGCCCUAGUGUUCAAAGACCGCAUGAAAAUGAGUAUUUUAAUUUGGGGCCUUUGACCUCCUUCUCCAUCCUCUCCAACUAUCCAUGCACCCCGGCCAGCUUCCCGCUGGAGGUUUUGUCACUUAACCUCUCAGCCAUUUCCCCUUCAAUGACUAGGUGUUGAUGCAGACUGUGACUUUAAACUACAGUUCUUCCCGGGGAGCGUUCAUUUGUUCCCACAGGUUCCUGUUUAUCCGAGAGGAAAGGUUUCCGGCACAGAUGUUCCAGCACAGACUCAUCCCUCACAGCCCCCCCCCCCCCCCACUCCACCGCCCCAUCCCCCACCCCGGAUGGAAUGAGCACCUGGUGGGAACUGAGAAUUUGCAUUUCCCAAUUUUUCCUUCUCAUUUGCCUUGGCUUCAUGAACAACUGCCAUCAGAAGGCCAGACCUGACCCAGUUCGCUGUUCCAGCCACCUGGAUUACAAUCUGCUUUUUCAUAAACAUCUGAAAUUCACACAGGCGUGUGAACAAGGUUAUAAAAAAUAUCAUAUAAAAUAUAUGACAUAUAUUUUCUAUAGGCAUAUGUUUAUGAUCCUAGAAAAUCUAUUACAUUCAAUUUUAAUCUUAUUACAUUGAAGAAAUCUGAGAUCUAGAGACAAUAAAGACUUCAAGAUUACAUUCAAUAUGAUCAGUACUGGAAAGCCAGAACUUUUGAUUUUAGUUCUUAAAUAAUUAAAUUAAUGCUUUAUUUCA